AUGACUUCUGAGUAUGCCAGCGAGAUCGAAGAACUCCCGCCUGAUUCCCGAAUACUGUCGGGUCAGCGUUACCGGAAGCAUCUCUACUGGACAGCCCAAGCCGCAAUAUGGACAGCUAAUUUUUAUUAUCUUUUCCGUUUACUCCUGAUCCUGACGGAGUCUCAGAGAUCCUGGCGCAUGUGGCUAAUGCUAGCCGUGGAAGGAGUAUUUGGUCGCUUGUCUUAUCAAGAUCAGCGCCUCACCGUCGCUGCCGGUGGGGAACCAGAAUGCGGCCCGCGCAAAAGGCUACGGCUACGGGGCAGCCAAAACCUGCCACGGGUCGAUGUCUUGAUCCCCUGCUGCGGUGAACCAGUGGAUGUGAUUUUAGCUACAGUCCGCGCUGCCUGCACAAUAGACUAUCCGACGUCCCAAUUUCGGGUGCGCGUGCUCGAUGACGGCGCUUCAAUCCAGCUGCGUGAUGCUAUCUCCGAGCUACACUUGAACUGGCCCCAUCUCUUUUACCAUACACGCGGGAGACAGUCAGGUCGGGUAUUCGCUAAAGCUGGAAAUCUGAACUAUGCUCUAUUCACCGUACAGAAGGAUGACCCGCCAGAAUUCUGUGCUAUUUUGGAUGCGGACUCUAUCCCAAAGCCGGAAUUUCUCAGAGCAACUCUUCCCCAUUUACUCCUUCCUCCCCAGGCAGCAUUGGUCACUACCCGGCAGUAUUUUGAUAAUCUCCCUGCCGGAGACCCACUUUCGCAAUCUCGCCUUCAUUUUUAUACCUGCCAAAAUGCUGAACUCGACAUUUGUGGCCGUGCUAUUGAUGCUGGAUCAGGGGCGGUGUUCCGACGGAACGCGAUUGUUGAUGUCGGCGGGUAUCCCACUUUCUCUUUUUCGGAAGAUUGGCAGCUUUCUCUGAUAUUACGGGGCAUGGGAUACCGUACUGUCCAAGUGCAGGAGCCGCUGCAGUUCGGACUGAUUCCUACAUCCCUUGAAGGACACAUUGCCCAGAGAAACCGAUGGCACAUCGGCCAUUCUCAACAAGUCUUCGCAUUGCGACCGCCAGCGAACAGAUCUAUACCGCGACACGUUCAGUGGAGUAUUGCAUGUGGAGGUCUGGCCAUUACUCUGGGAUUGGUCGGCCAUGUCGUUGGCUAUGCUACUGUGCCUUGGCUUUUGUUGUCCCGGUCCCUUAUACCUGCGUCUUCAUUCUUCUUGCUCCAGGCUCAAGUGGUUCUGGGCAUGCUCUAUGUCUCUACAUUGUGGGUAUAUGGAUGGUUGCAAAAUGCUCACGCUGGAAUUCGAGGCUCUCCGUUUUCACAGCUGGAGAAUAGCUGGUUGGCUGCUGUUCUAUCUCUGGCAAAAUGGUAUCUUACAAAGCAUCUGUCUGCUGGUUUUAACAAUCGCCACGAUAGUAUUCUCAACAUGGACGUCACUGACCACCUCCGACAGUGA